AUGAAAAAAACACUCGCCAGUUAUUUGAUUGUUUGUAGCAGCUCAUUUUUUCUUGGAAUUCUCUUUAAUAAUUGGAUGGUCGAUCAUUUUACACUUUGGGUAAAUCCAGUAACAGACCAAGCACUUUUAAAUGCAGAAACAUAUUACCAGCUACUAUACAAGGCACCGCCUAUCCACAGAGCUGUUUUGCAUGCUGUAAUUUGCUUUGGCCUUGUGGCACAUGCAAUAAAAUUAUAUGGAGGCAAUCAGAGCAACUUAUUGUUCGACAGCGGAAGUCUAAUUCUUUAUGUCGCUGGUGUCAUCAUUUAUAUGGUCUAUCUUGUACAAGGUCUUCAAGCAAUUUUCCAACACAACUACACUCCACUCAGUAAGCUUGAUACACUGCAAAUUUUAGCAGUGUCGCAAGUCGUGCUAGCACUUAUCUUGAUGGGGAUUCUGGUCCUGCAGAGCAGCCAGUUUUGUGCAGAACAGGCUGUUUUGCACUCCUCAGCAUUUAACAAGCGCCCUAGAAAACAUUCGCAAAACAAUAAACGCUGGCUAGACACUGCUUUUAAUGCAAAAAUAUAG